GCAUAGAAGAAGAAAAGGUGGGAAAUUUGACGUCGCGGGAAAGGCUGCUGUUAGUAAUUAAAAACAUUAAUCCAGCAGUUACACAUGUUUAGAAGAGAUGGACAGAUACGUGUUGGUUCUAUCAUUUUGCCAAACUUCUGACUACCGGAGGGGAGACUGUGAAUGUCUGGAGCCUUUAAAAAAAAUACAUGAAAAACUUGUUGACAUCUCAACCCAGGACUCGGUGAGAGGGAUCUCUGUGUUUCCAGCUUGCUCUCUUAGUGGAAACCCAUCUCCUCCAAGGAGGUACAUUGCUUUUCAGGUUUGCCAUGGUGGGACACAGUUUUGCUGUUCCGAUUGGGACGAGUUGGAUCCAAACCAUCAUAAAGUCGAUGGUGAGGAGGAGAAACCUUCUGCACUUGAAGCGUGUUUAGCGUCACUGCAUAACCAGGAGGACGAGGACCAAAAUGAUGACCAGCCCACACUGACUGAGCUACUGGAGGAAGCUGCUGAAGGACUUCACCUGCUGUCAGACAAGCUGCCACCUCCAGGUAAAGCUCUACUGGACAUCCUGGUGCUGGGUUCUUCCAAGCAGUCUCCACCUAUCAAAGACCUUCUGCCUCUGCUGGGAGCCCUUAAACACAUGUCCUGCUGGCAUGCUGCCAAGAUCAGUGUAAUCACACUGCACGCUGCUGGCUGGCAGAUACCAGCAGCCUCUCUGGGAGCUGGUCUGGUUGAACCUGCUGAUUUAUUCAGCUGUCUCAACCCCAAGGAAAUAUGGAGGGGAAGUCUGGUUAUCAGAGAGAAGAAGUUUGUGUCAGAACUGCGCUUUGAUGGCUUUUCUCUGCGCAUUCCUGGGCAUCAGAUUCCAGAGUCCGGCCUAAUACAGGCCUCUAACACCACCAAAUAUCACACACUACAAUCAGAGGUCUUCCAUUACUACGCACCGGUUUUAGAUUUGGUUCAGCUUGUUAAUGUAUCAGACGUGCCCAGCCUUCUGAUGUCCACCAUCCAGUUUGAACUAUGUCUGUCGGGGAAGUCAGCCAAAGCUAAACUUCUUUUGGAUCAACUGCGCUCCCUUCGUGGAAAGGUUGGAGCUCUGUUCAGUCUGUCUUGUAUAAUCACUCCCAUGGCGCAGCCCGCAGCCAGCCAACUCAGCUCUCAGCGCUGGAAAGAGUCUCUUUCCAGGACACCAAAGUCCUUGUUAGUGCCUGAUGUGGAGGUGAAAGGUGAGAGUGUGUCGUAUUUCCUGUUGGUCCAGGGCUCAGACAAUGUUGAGUCUGGAGCCUGCAUGGUCCGGAUGGUGCACUCAGUCAACCAAAUUAAUGGCGCGGCUGCCAUGGCAACCGCCUCCAGCUUGCUUAGCAGGAAGUCUCCAUCAUCAGAUGUAGUUUUAGGUAAAUCCCUGCAUCCUCUGCCAUGUUUCCAAGGAGACUGCCUCCUGAAGAGAGAAAGAAAGAUGGCCCAGGUUCAGACACUUGUGCUCAAAGAAUAUCUUAGACAGAAGGAAGAAGCCUCAGCCUCAAACUCAGUACCUGUAAGUGACUUGAAGGACAUUUUGAAUCUGGCCAGGGAGCAAUAUCUGAGGAUGGUCGACACUGCUCCGCCCACUGACACCAACUGUCUGCUGACCCAGCAGCCACUGCAACGAUCAGGUUUUCAGCCCAUUUGCCAGCAACCAUCAGACUGGCCUGAGAGAAGCGUCCUGCUGAACAUCGAAAACCUGCAGAGGAGACGACAAAAGAGAAGAUUUGGUCUGUUAGGUCCAGGCUCUAGUGACAGUCUUCUGGGUCCAAAAGACAGUCAGAGAGGCUCCUCUUCUUUGCUAGACGCCAAAGAACUUCUAAAACAUUUUACGUCUGAUGGCUUGCCCACUGGGGAUUUACAACCCCUGACUUUCAACAGAGGUAAUAAUGUGUUCCAGUUGUCUCCUGAGCUUUCUCCAAGAAGAAUCAGUCAAAUGACUUUCAGAAAGGCUUCAGCCUCACAUUACCAUGGCAUAGAGUUCUGCCUGGAUAACCAGCGAUCUCUAGACCGAGACCAGGCCUUUGCACGGCUUCAGUCCCGUCUCAUCCGCUAUGAGACCCAGACCACCUGCUCCAAGGAGCCGUGUGUGCUCCCCUUUACACUCAGCCCCGCCCCCUCGCCUGCUGUGAUGUCAGAGCCGGGAAGUGUGCCUGAUGGAGAGACUCUACAGAACAAUGAUGUGGCACGGCUCAAGCGCAGGUCCUGGGAAACCGACUUGGCUGGAGCGUUUCCUCGCAAGAGGUUGGUGAAGUCAGAAAGCAGUGACUCCCUCUGUUCACAGAGCAGUGGCAGCAGUGGAACCCAUCCCACCAUUAGGACACUACGACAGCAACCGAGCAGAUCUCAGUCUACCUCAUCCUGCAUUGGCACGUCCUCGGUCACGAGGCAGACCUCUGGUUUGGUGGCUCCACCCCGUCCUGAAAGAGCAAAACCUCAACAGCAGCAGUUGAACCAUGGAAACACAGAGAAAGAGUCACGUUCCCAGAAACAUAACAGGAUGCUGCAGGAAGUAGUAGCCAAGACACUCAAACUCCAUGGGAUCACUGCAGAGCAUGUAUGCUUCGAGGCCUGCAGCAAAAGACUGUUUGACAUCUCAAAGUUUUAUCUCAAGGAUCUGAAGACAUCUCGAGGUCUGCAUGAUGAGAUGAAAAAGGCAGCAAGCAGCAAUGUUAAACAGGUCAUUGAUUGGGUGCUGGAGAAGACCUCAAAGAAUAAAAGAUGAUAAUGAAGAUUGGGAACGGGGAGGUGUUUUUUUAGUUUUUUUUUU